GAAUAUAUUAUAUAUUCACAAUGACGCUUGCUAUUUUCACUCAUUUUCUAUAUUGCAGGGAAUUAUCACGAGUAUUGAUAUUCAAGACGAUAACACCUUCAAUACGUUAGUAAAAAACUAACAAGACAAAGAAAUAUAAUAUUUUAGCAAGGAAGUGCAAGGUAAUUUCUAAAAUUCAAUAAUCUAUUCUAAAAGGAUCAAAAAAGGUGGAUACACAUGGAAAAAGGAUUUGUAUCUUGCACGACGAUUGUGGGUUUUGCGACAUUACCUCUUCACAUAGGAAUGAUCAUCAUUGGUGUUAAAUACAAGGACGAAUGCCCCGUAGAAAUUAUGAUCCCGAUCUAUUUAAUCGUGGCUGGAGCUGCUGGUAUUUUAAGCAGCUUGUAUUCCUGUGGAAUGUUGUUUCGAAAAGAAAGUGAUGAAGUAAGCUCACUCUGCCUGCUGAAACGGCUGCAUACUGUUAUGCAAUUGCUUCUCCUUGCCUGGUUCGCUUGUGGAAACGUCUGGAUUUAUAAUAGUUAUCAACCAAACUAUACUGACCCUACGAGUCCCAAGUAUUGCCACGAGAAACUUUACCUGUUUGCAUUUUGGGCCACUUUUUCCCAUUAUUUCAUUUCUUUUAUCGUUAUGAUCUGCGGUUGUUGCAUUUUUGGUAUUGGUUGCAUAUUCUAUAUUUUCAAGUGGUCAAGAAAAGAUUAUGAUAUGCCUCGGAUAUUUUUGCCAAAAAGCUAAUUCCUGAACGCUUCAGGUCAAUCGCAGGUGAUAAUUAUUAAUUAUUUAUUAAUUAUUAUAAUUAUUCUUUACUGGAGUAUUUGCAGUGCUUUUAUGAUAAAAUAUGACGUAAGUUAACGCUAAUUUCAAAACGAGGAUGUAAGUGCGUACAAGACUGAAGGUGGUCACUAAACUAGUUCAGUAUUUGGGUUACUUUGGGUGACCAGCUACUGUAUGUAUUUUUAAUUCAUGCAUUGUUUGAUAAGUUUAAUUACUUAACAAUGAAAAUAAAUUUGCUAGUUGUUGGUGUUUUGAA